AUGGCCUCUGCUUCAGCGAAUUCUCCUUCUUCGAAGCCUGAGGCUUCGAAACCUGCUUUUACAACCUCCACUUCUGCAGUCGCCACAGCACCAGUUCUUCUUCGUUUACGUAAUUUUCAGUGGUACUGGAACUCAUCAGCUGAUCCCUGGUCUUCAUCGACCGGUGGUAGUAAACAACCAGACGACGCAUGGAAAAAGUAUACAGACGUUGAAAAUGAAAUAAUCGAAGAUGCAUACAACUUGAAAAAAGUCGACGUCGAACUCGAUGGUAACUACAUCAUUAAUUUUAAACAUCAAGUUCAGUAUAACAAGAGUGAUAAGACUAGACAACGUCAAAUUAAACGUGCGGAGUUGGCAACUGAUCGGUCUAACGUUCAUUUGAGAGAGGAAAGAUUUUCGUUACCCAUAACGGUGGCUAAUACUACCAAUAAUAGUACAGAAGCCUCAACGACAACUGCUGAUUCUGAAACUGAAGAAGAGCGUCUCCUACAGUACCUAAGGCGACAUGGUGAUCUCUCUAAAAAUUAUAGGCAGCUAGAACUUCGUUGCAAAGGGAAAACUUAUGCCGACGUUGUUGGAGAUGCUGCCAGUGGAAUUCUGGCUGAAGGUAUCAAACUUGGUAAAGUAAAGGAAGCACAAUGGCUAGCUAAACAGUUACUCGAUGUGAAACAAUUUGGAGAAGACAAAUUACUGGACCUAUAUGAUGAUGUUGACAUUCCACAGCCAAUCGGUGAAACUUGCGUUUAUCUUUAUACAAAAGAAUCUUUUUGGUAUAAACAUCUUAACUCUGUCCUUCGUAACUACCCAACAAUGACUCUCGAGCAAGUAAAGACCUUAGGACCAUUCUGUUUUAUACUUUUUAAUUAUAUACACCACAAAAGUAGCGUAGGUGAAUUCACCGUUUAUCGCGGUCUAACAGUCACCGAUGAAGAACGACAACAGUUUUUAAAGACCGGAGCUAAUAUCAUAUUCACUUCAUUUACAUCUACCAGCAGAAGCCGAAAACUGGCUGAACGGUUCGGUAAUACAUUAUUGAUAUUUAAUUUGGAUGUGAAAAAUAUUUAUGGAUACGAAAAGGUUAAAAUAGGUAUGGAUGUAUCAUCUCUUUCUGAUUUUCCUAAUGAGGAAGAAUUUACCGUGUGGGCUGGAGCAGCUUUUCAUUUAUGGGGUUAUGAAUAUGACAAUGAAGCAAAGAAACAUGUUAUUUAUCUUAGUGCAGCACCAUACCAACAAGGACAAGCAGUUCAAAGACAGUUUCCAAUUGCAGAGCAGCCGUAG